UACGUCAUCUUCAUGUGGUUGCGGAGCUUCAAAUUGCAUCAAGGUGCCAUAAAUAUUCGAGCUAGUUUCCGUGAGUUUAAAGGUUCUCGUGUCAAAAUAAAAGUUCAAAUUCAGCCGUGAGUAUUUGGAAACGCUCCUGCCCUUUCUUUUACUGGCUCUUAGAUGGGAAGCAAAUAACUAUGAAUUGAACGACGCAGUCAUGACUUUGUUUCAAACGUUUCGGUUAUCCACAAGACUUUAUUUUGAUUGAAAAGAGACGGAAGUUGCUCCGUUAUCGUGAACAACUUGAUACCGGCAUGAGCCGGAUGCUGAUGCGGAUCUUCAUCUGCAGGCUGGAAGGUGUUGAAUCUCCUCGGAGUUCCAGGUUCUAGGGGUUACAGUAGGAGGACCAGAGAUGGGGCCCAGAGUCGUCAACAGGGUCUUAAGACCUGUUAUCCUCACGCUGUCGCUGGUUUUCGUCUUUGCCAUCUUGCUGGCGGCGGUUUGUGCUAAGGAGUCGGACUACUACGAGCUGCUGGGGGUCAGCAGGGAAGCGACGACAAGAGAGAUCCGACAGGCGUUCAAGAAGCUGGCGCUCACCAUGCAUCCUGACAAAAACCCUGGCGACUCCUCGGCUCAUGAGAAGUUCCUGAAGGUGAAUCGGGCGUAUGAAGUGCUGAAAGAUGAAGACUUGAGAAAGAAAUAUGAUAAAUAUGGAGAAAAGGGAUUGGACGAGCAGCAAGGAGGACGCUACGAGAGCUGGAACUUCUACCGCUACGACUUUGGUAUCUACGAUGAUGAUCUGGAGAUUAUAACUUUGGACAGCGGAGACUUUGAAGCAGCAGUGAACUCUGGAGAAAUCUGGUUUGUCAACUUCUACUUUCCACGAUGCUCACACUGCCACCAGCUGGCUCCAACGUGGAGGGAGUUUGCCAAGGAGAUGGACGGAGUGAUCCGGAUUGGAGCGGUGAACUGUGGAGACAACAACCAUCUGUGCAGGAGGAAAGGCAUCAACAGCUAUCCCAGCCUGUACAUCUAUAGAGCAGGACAGAGGCCGGAGAAAUUCACAGAGGAGAGAACCAGAGACAACCUGGUUCGCUUCUCCAUGCAGUUCAUCACUACAACAGUCACUGAGCUGUGGCAGGGCAAUGUGUUCACUGAGAUAGAGAACGCGUUCUCGUCAGGACUCGGCUGGCUUAUCACCUUCUGCUCUGAUACUGGAGAUUGUUUGGAGCCUAGGACACGACAGAAGCUUGCCGGAAUGUUGGAUGGUCUUGUUAAGGUGGGAUGGAUGGACUGCGCUACACAGCAACAGCUCUGCGAUAGUUUUCAAGUGACAAGUGGAGCCACUGCUUUGUUCCCUCCUGGAAGUUCUCUGGAAAAGCAAGGCAGCGUACUGUGGUUGAAGACUUUGGAUAGCAGGGAGAUCUACAAUCAGGUCAUUGAUCAUCUGCCUGAUCUGGAACUGCUGACGAGUGACAGUUUCAAGAAGAAACUGGCCCAUCAUCGCUGGUUGAUCAGUUUUACGUUCAGUGGCCGAUCGGCCUCCAGCGAGUACAAGAAGCUUCAAGCGUUUCUUCGAAAUGAUCACAUACAGGUCGGCAGAGUGGACUGCGUCGCAGACUCUGAGCUGUGUCAGACUCUGUACAUCCACAAACCCUGUGUGGCUGUUUUUAAAGGACUGGGAAUCCACGACUUUGAGAUCCACCAUGGGAAAGACGUAUUGUACAACAUCGCGGGUUUUGCCAGGGAUAGCGUUCGCGCUCAUGUGACAACGCUAAGGCCAGACAACUUCCCCUCUAACAGGAAGGAGCCCUGGCUCGUUGACUUCUUUGCUCCGUGGUGUCCUCCAUGUCGAGCCUUACUUCCUGAACUGAGAAAAGCUUCCAUCCAGUUGGCUGGACAGAUGAAGUUUGGCACCUUGGACUGCACCAUCCACCAUGACUUGUGCUCCACGUAUAACAUCCAGGCGUAUCCCACCACGGUCAUCUUUAAUGGCUCCUCCAUGCACGAAUACGAAGGACAUCACUCAGCGGACGGCAUCCUGGAGUUCAUACAGGAUCUGGUCAGCCCAUCUGUGCUGGUCCUGGAUCCCUCCAGCUUCACAGAGAAAGUUAAAGGCAGAGCUGCGGGUCAGACCUGGGCGGUGGACUUCUACGCUCCUUGGUGUGGUCCCUGUCAGGCCAUGAUGCCUGACUGGAGACGCAUGGCUCGGAUGGUUUCAGGUCAAAUCCUGGUGGGUUCAGUGGACUGUCAGCGCUUCCAGACCUUCUGCCAGAGUCAGGGGGUGAGGGCGUACCCUGAAGUCCGCCUGUACUCUGGGAACACCAGGCAGCCAGACCGCUUUACGAGUUACAAUGGCUGGCACAGAGACGCACAUUCUCUCAGAGCAUGGGCUCUCAGUUCUUUGCCCAGAGUAUCGGUGGAUCUGACUCCAGAGACGUUCAGAUCCCAGGUUCUUUCGGGUCGGGAUCACUGGGUUCUGGAUUUUUACGCCCCUUGGUGUGGACCUUGCCAACACUUCGCUCCAGAGUUUGAGAUCCUGGCUCGGAUGGUUAAAGGGGAGGUCCGGGCCGGGAAGGUGGACUGUCAGGCUCAUCAUCAGACGUGUCAGUCAGCUGGAAUCACCGCCUACCCAACGGUCCGAUUUUACCCAAACCUGGGAACUCGGAGGUAUGAACACAGUGGGGAGCACAUUAACAGUCGGGACGCAAACACAAUCGCUGACAUCAUCAGACAUCGGCUAGAGAAGCUGUCGCCACGGUUACACAACACACCAAAGGACGAGCUCUGACAGACAAAGAGGUGCCAUAGAAGCCCAACAACCUGAGGGAGGAAUGUAUUUGGAUUUGAUUGGUUCGGUGAGUCAGCACUCCAGGAGUUGACAACAGAUGAGACGGUCAAGUCACCGGCUGAUGUUCCUGUCUUGAAUCAACUGAACUCUCUAGCCUUAAUUUUAUCCGCUAUUAUUUUGUCUCAAAUGUUUGUAUUUACUCUAUGAAGUAAACUUGUGAGGCAGUAUGGAAUAUUGUACAUGUUACUGAUACAGUUGCACACACAACCUAAUGAGGACACACUACUGUACUGAAGUGUUCCUGAAGGAGCAUUUUCAGAAACAACUUUGUUAAAAAUAAAAUUUUUGCAGCCCUAUCUAGUUUUAUUCGGUUUGUUUUAAACAAAUAUGUAUAUUUUUUGCAUAGGUAAGCCAGACCUAAAUGUAAAUCGUUAAUGUUUUUAUGUGUCAUUGUAUUUGAUUUUGACUCUACUGGCUCUGUUGUUUUGAUGGGGAACAAAAGUUCUGGAUGCCAACUUGUUAAAAAAAGUUAUAAAUUGACAAUUACACUUAUGGUAAUGGCAAAUUUAUAUAAAAAAGAAUACAAAUUGAAACAAAUAAAACAUUAUUUUUUCAAUGUUA